AUGAGUCCUAGUGAUGUUCCACAAGAUGACCUUGAGCCUGGCGAGAUUCCGGGAGUGUCGGCCGGCGCUCAGGGUGUUCUGGGAUCCAUUACGGAGCCUUCCGGUCCCGUCAUCGAGGUUACAUCCGAGUCUCGUCUGGUACAGCCGGCGUUGGCCGUGCCCCUCGAGAAUCGGCUGCUGGGCUCUGGCGGCCCACCAGACCGUUCACCUGACGGUGAGUCGCCUCAAGAGUCCGAGACCUCCGAGGACCGCGAAGCGUUGUUCCUGGAGAUGUUCGGCCCCGACGAAAGAGAGGAAACCUCGGCUCCUUCUCCUCUGGCUGCCGCGACCGGGGUUCCUGUAGCCUCACAAGCGGCCACUGUGCCACUCCUGAGUCGACUCCACACUCGGUCGGCCUCUGUUCACGCUCGGGCGAUGGAAACAGCAACGGUGACAGCUUCACCGAGGGCUGGACCUGCCUCGAUUGCCCCAGCCGUGGUUGACGCUUCCGACGUAGCUCCUGGAUCGCGUAAGCUCAGUGGUCUUGCUACCCUGUUCUUGGAGCCGGGUUUCACGGCACCCGGGGCGUCGGAAUGCUGGCAUCUCAUCCAAAACGCCAGUGUCCCCCUCGUCUUCGAGGACGACUUGGUCGCCUCCAGUUCAGUGGAUGGGAUCAUGGAGUUUGGCUUGUGGACGGAUCCUGCUCACCCCUUCCAACGGCAGUUCCAGGGGUACUCCUACCACUCCACCGAGAGGGGCGACCUUGGUUUCGCCUUGUGGGAGCGUCGCCACUGGAUUAGGGGUAAAACCGUCAAGGCGUAUAUCGACAACCUUGCCAAAACUCUCGGUCAGCGCAACGUGCAAGUCCUAGCGCUCCGAAAAGCGUGGUCCAAGUACCACCGAGGGCGCAGUUAUCGUGCAGAUCGCUUGCGGGACCAGAUGCUCCACAGGGUGUGGAAUGGAGCCAUUACGUACGACGGACAACCUCCACAGCACCGCACCGAGGUUUUGCUGGAGCCGUCGUACCUGCAAUACUCGUUCGAGGUGAUGGAGUGGGUCCCCACUACCGACGACUGGGCCUCCGAGGUGGCGGACGCCGUGGCGUCGUCGGUCAUGGUUGAAUCUUCUCUGCGGACUUCGAUGGUGGACGCUCCAUGGGUGGCCGAGUUCGCAAACGCUCGUCGCUCUCGCUCUCCAAGCCCCGAUGAGGAGACGAAGGAGUCGGGUGAAGCUUCUUCCGCCGCCGGGUCAAGUCUUGGCGUGUUGGCUCAGGCUGUGAUGGAGAUUUAG